AGUAGCAGGGGCCCAAGGGUCCCGGGGGAUGAGGCUGGCUGGGCUCAGUCCCGUAUUCGGGCAGCACCGCCCCGAGGCCAGAGCCCCAAGCCCCGGGCCCCAGGCUUCUCCGGCCCCAAUCCCCGAAUGGCCGCAGCCCCGGAGCUCGCCUUGGACGUGAUGAAGCAGAUCUGUCUCUGCGCCACCGCCUCCUUCUCGAGCCAGGACUGGGGAAGGAGUGAUGAGAAGCUGAUGCAGGCUGUGGAGAGUAACGACGCCACUCGAGUCUCUGCCCUGAUUGCCCGAAAAGGGCUGGUUCCUACCAAGUUGGAUCCGGAGGGCAAGUCCUCGUUUCAUUUGGCUGCUAUGCGAGGGGCAUCGGCCUGCCUGGAGGUGAUGCUGGCCCAUGGUGCCAAUGUCAUGAGCACUGAUGGCUCAGGUUAUAAUGCCCUCCAUCUGGCAGCAAAGUACGGACAUCCUCAGUGUUUGAAACAAUUGCUGCAGGCAUCCUGUGUGGUAGACACUGUGGACAGCAGUGGUUGGACAGCACUCCAUCAUGCAGCAGCUGGUGGCUGCCUGGCCUGCUCUGAAUUGCUUUGCUCCUUCAAAGCCCAAAUGAACCCUAGAGACCGGUCAGGUGUAACACCCCUUAUCCUGGCAGCACAAAUGUGUCACCCAGAGCUGUGCCGUCUCCUUCUGCAGCGUGGGGCUGCUGUGAAUGACCGAGACCAGCAGGGCAGGACAGCUCUGAUGUUGGCAUGUGAAGGGGCCAGUCCAGAGACAGUGGAGGUACUACUACAAGGAGGUGCCCGUCCUGGGCUCACCGAUGCCUUGGGCCAGGAUGCGGCACAUUAUGGAGCUGCAGCAGGAGAUGCCCUGAUCCUGCACCUCCUACAAGAAGCCGUACAAAACCAGGUUCUGACUGAAGAGGACUCGGCAGAAGUGUCUUCUCAGACAUCUCAGUCCAGUCGGGAAAGGGCAGGAGCCCCUAAGAAGAGGAAAGCCCCUCCUCCUCCUGCUAGCAUUCCUGUCCCGGAUGACAGGGAGGCUUAUGAAGAGAUUGUACGGCUAAGACAGGAGCGAGGUCAGCUUCUCCAGAAGAUCCGAGGCCUGGAACAGCGGAAAGAGAGGAAGAGGCAGGAGGAAGCGGAAGACAGCUCUCUGCAGAGCCUGGAGAGACAGGUACAAGAGCUGCAGCAGCUGUUGGCUGAGAAACAGGAGGAAAAGGAGAGUCUGGGUCGUGAGGUGGAGAGUCUGCAGAGCCGCCUGUCCCUUCUGGAGAACGACAAGGAAAACACCAGCUAUGACGUGGCCACACUGCAGGAUGAAGAGGGGGAACUGUCAGACUACCCAGGGGUUGAUGGACUGCCAUCCAAGGGGCUAAGCCCUGCUGCUCAGGAAUUGCUGGCCUCCCUACAGGACCAGGUGGCAUCACUUACCAAACAAAACCAGGAAUUGAUGGAAAAGGUCCAGGUCCUGGAGAACUUCGAGAAAGACCAGAUGGACUUGGAGGCGUCGCCAGACUACAUCCCGGUCCUUCUCUAUGAUACACUGAAGGCUGAACUUGACCAGGUCCGGAAACAGCAUGAAGAGGCCCUCAAGGCUCUGGAGCAGCGCAGGGUAGAAGAGGAGAUCAUGGGAGCACGGGAGGAGGGCAAGGAGGAUGAGACCAAAGGGAAGAAGGACAAUGAAAAGGGCAAAAAUGAAACCGGAGUCAAAAACGACAAGGGAAAAGAGGGCGCAAAGGAGAAAAAAAAGGGUGAGAGUGAAGCGAAGGAGAAAGAAGUAUGUGAGACUGAAAUGAACGGGAAAGAGGAGGAAAAGGACAAGAUGGAAGUGAAGGAGAAAGCCGCGGCAGAAAGUGAAGCAGCGGGCGAGGACGGGGAUGGAGGGACCCCAGAGGACGAGCCAGAAGAGCCUGAGGCUCCUGGCCCUGAGGCAGAUGAAAAGACCAAGGCCAAUGCUGCCGAGGCGUCAGAGCAGCUGCAGGAAGAGCUGGAAUCCCGAAUUCGGGCCCUGGAGGAGGCCCUGCGGCAAAGAGAGAGGGAGGCAGCAGCAGAGCUGGAAGUGGCCAGGGGCAAGUGCGAGGCCGCUGAAGCUGAGGCCGGCCGGCUGCGGGAGCGGGUGCGGGAGGCAGAGGGUUCCGCCAAUGUCAGCGGGGGAAGCAGCGGUGGUGGCGGUGGUAUCGGUAGCAGUGGUAGUGGCGACUCAGCGCAGCUCAGAGCGGCCCUGGAACAGGCCCGAGAGGACCUACGAGACCGCGACGAGCGGCUCCGGAAGCUAGAAGCCCGGGCGGAGGAGGCCGUGGCGCUGGAGGCCGAGAGAAAUCAGAUGCGAGUGGAGGCUGAGGCAGCACGAAAAGAGCAGCAGCGGCUGGAGGCGGAGAUGCAACUGGAGGGCCUGCGCGAGGAGCUGGACUCUACGUGCGUGCCUCGACGCCAACAUCUGGAGACCAUGGAGGAGCUGGGCCGGGCGCGGGAUGCGGCCGAGAGCCGGGCGCACGAGCUGGAAAGCGUGUGCGAGGAGGCCCGGCGAGGCCUGGCCGAGCUACGCGAGGCUUCCGAGGAGGCGGCCCGUGAGCUCCGCGCCCGGGCGCAGGAGCUGGAGCAGGAGCUCGUGGUAAAGGGCAAGGAGGCGGCGCGGUUGCAGGCGGAGCUGGAGCGCGAGCGGGCGGGUAGUGUGGCACGGUCAGAGCACGAGCGUGUGGCGGGGGCCCUGCGCGCCGAGGCAGAGCAGCUGGCUGCGCGUCUGGAUGAGCUAGGGCGGAGGCACGAGAAGACGAGCGCCGAGGUGUUCCAGGUGCAGCGAGAGGCGCUCUUCAUGAAGAGCGAACGGCACGCGGCCGAAGCGCAGCUGGCCACCGCCGAGCAGCAGCUGCGCAGCCUCCGUGCCGAGGUAGAGCGCGCGCGCCAGGCUCAGGGCCGAGCGCAGGAGGUCAUGGACAAGGCCAAGGAGAAGGACAGGAAGAUCACAGAACUGUCCAAAGAAGUUUUUAACCUCAAGGAGGCCCUCAAGGGCCAGCCUAUUGCCCCCUCCUCAGAGGUGGCCACCCUCCAGGGCCAGGUGAAGACCCUACAACAGCAACUGGAGGAUGCACAGAGAUGUCACAGCACAGUGGUGUCCUUGUAUCGGAGCCACCUACUUUAUGCCAUCCAGGGUCAGAUGGAUGAAGAUGUCCAGCGAAUCCUGUAUCAGAUCUUGCAGAUGCAGCGGCUCCAGGCACAGGGCCGAUGAAAGGUCUUGGGCCCUAGCCUCACCUUCCUCGACUUGUGCAUAUUCUCCAGACUCUGGAGCUGCCCAGGGUACACUUUCUGGACCCUGGCAUCACUUCAGGGUGAAGCUUUCUAAACACAGGCACACCCUUUGGACCCUGGCACUGCCCAAGUCACACCCAUAGAGCCUGGCACCACCCCAGUACAACUUCCAAACCCAGACACAGUCUCUGAACUUUGGGGCUCCUCUUUUUCCUUUACAGCUCAUCCCACAAAGGCCCCCUUUCCCCAAGCUAUCUGUGUACACAGAUGGGGAGGAGAGGGAUGUUGGGGAUUGAGACAAAGGCAUCGAACCUCCAGAGGCCUAAGAUCCUGUGAUAGUCUUUCAGCCCACACCCCAUACCCAGACACACCAAUAAACUUAUUUAUAUUCACAGAA